CAGCACAUUCGACGCCAACACGAUCACCGCCAAUGUCAACACAACCUAACGGCAAAAAUGGUUCACUAAAUAAGAAUCACGACUUUCUAGAAAACCUUUUAAACAACUUGGCAUCGAAUCCACAAGCAAGGUCAUCGGCAACACCUCCACCACAGCGACUCUCAACAAUAGAAGGCUCGAAUGCGGUAAGAAAGAGAGAAAGGAACGAGCAGUUCUUCAUCAAAGCCAAAGGCGGGGAAGAAAAGAAAGCACAAACGAAAAAGUGGAGAGAGGCCACCAGCCAAAAGCCCCGAUGACGAUAUGGACUUUGACUCACUUUUGAAAGCGCACGAAGGCGCUGAAGAAAAGAAAAGCAAGCAUCAGCACAGACAGCAACAAGAACAACAGCAUCGACGUCAAAAUCACAUCAACAAUAAACGAAAAUUCGAUCAAUCGUCCAAUCUUGUAAAACCCAGCCAGCUUCGUGCAGGUAAUAUGGCGAGUGAAACACCCGCUGAUAUCUCAAUGAUUGCAAAUGAAGUUCUCGGUCGAGAUCCCAAGCGACAAAAAUUGCUUCAGGAGAUAUACCAACAAAAGUCUCGACCAGCAUCAUCAUUUAAGACUGCGAACGGUACAACGACGACGGCAUCAACGACACAACCUUGUCAAAGAUUAAAAAGACAUCCAGGACGGGAAAAACGCAAAGAAGGAACAGCACCUCUUGACAAGCGUGUUCCGUGUAGAUUCUUCAAGGCCGGGAAAUGUAAAGAGGGUAAAAUGUGCCGGUUUCAACAUGACGGCGAGUCAUUUAGGAUGGUUUGUCGUCACUUCAAGGUGGGAUCAUGUAACAAAGGCGACGAAUGUAAUUUUAUUCACGAUCUGAGCAUGGAGCCUUGCCGCUUCUAUCACGUAACCGGAAAAUGCGACACUGGAGCCAACUGUCCGUUUUCUCAUCAACCACUUAACUCAGAGCUCCGGAGACGUCUGCAUGCGCUUACUGGACCAUGUAAAUAUUACCAUCUAAAAGGUUUCUGUACGAGCGGUGAAGAAUGCCUAUUCUCGCACGAAAUGAUUUCAAAGCACCAGCUAGAGGAACUCAAGGCGGCCCCUGGUGCUUCGGAAGUGCAACAAAUCAAGCCAUGUAUGUUCCAUCAUUUGCGCGGAUACUGCGCCAAUGGAGACCGGUGCACAUUUUCACAUGCACCGUUAACACAAGAACAACGCAUUGAACUACAGCAAUCAUUGAAACCAAAUACUCCUAAAUAAAAAUGUUAAACGUGGACGGCAUCACGGCAACAAUGAAAGUACGUGUGUGUGACUUGGUCUGUGCGUCCUCGAAUUGUGGCAAAUAGGAAAUAAAAACAGAACAGCCCGACAUGGUUGACGAUCUUGCAAUGUUUUUGCGCAACGGCCUUUCUCUAACCACCGGUCGAAUUUUCACCAGACGAUAUUUAAUGACAAUGCCGCAACAACGACAGAAACAACGAUUGAAAUACCCCAUUAGCGUAGCACCCAUGGUGGACAUUUCAACUCCUCAUUUUCUAGAAUUACUGCAUAUUAUAUCCGGAGGAGAACGCUAUGCCUACUAUACCGAGAUGCAUUUCGAUCAAGCCAUCAUUAAUCAU